UAACAAUAACAAAUGUCUCAACUACCUCAAUACACAAGUCAGACUGUUGAGUCCCAAUAUAUCCAGCAACCAAGUUAAAUGAGCAUCAAAGCUCAACCAAUCACCUUCUAUCCACCCACAUUCUCCUAGUUCUAAAAUCCAUUAAUGGCAACUCAAAAUUAUUAAAUGUAAUAACAACAACAACAAUAACAAUAACAAUAACAAUAACAAUAACAAUAACAAUAACAAUAACAAUUUCUAUAACAACAAGCUCUAGGCUCUCCACAAUAAUAGCAAUUACAGCUACAAUAAUAAUAAGAUGGUUAGUAGAUCAGAUCAAGAUAACUAUAAUAGAAUCUGUAAUAAUAGGUGAUGUAACAAUAAUGGAAUGAAUAAUUUUAAUAAAUGCUUUAGAUGCAUCACCACAAUUACUUACUCCAAAAUCAAUUACAGAAUCUUAUGAUAAAUUAAACAGCUUAAUCUGAAUAGGCUAGGUAGGACUUAGCAAUUCAACAACAGCAAUCUUUGGCUGACUUUUCAAACUUGUAACCUGAAACCAUUACAGAAUACAUCCCAGUUGAAAAGAAAAUUAUCGAAUAUGAAACUAGAAUCAAAAAAAUUCAAGUUCCUGUAACACACGAAAUAACAGAAUAUGUACCAGUCACCACAGAAACUAUUUCACCAGAAAAAACAGUAAGACUGUCACCUCCAAAAGAAGUACACAUGGUUCCUACUGUUGUUUAAUAACCUCCUAUUUUACAAUAAACCGUAAUCCCAAGACCUCCUCAGUUAUAAAUGAUUCCUACAUCUGCUUAAAUAGCCAGAAUGCCUACUGUCCCUGCUUAUUAACAAGUCCCAUUGACUUCAGUGAGGUCUUAACUCUAAUCGUCACCACCUAAAAUUCUAAACAAGCCUACAGAAAUCCCUAUACCACCUCCACCUCCUCAUCUUCCACUACAACCCUUUAAUUAUACACCCAAAGACUUUCCAACUAUGACAAUGCCCCCUCCUCCUCCAUAAUUCCAAGGAUAAAUCUCCCUUAAUUCCCCUUAGCCACCGCCUCCCCCGUAAUUUGAUUCACCACCUCCACCUCCAGCUUAUCCACAUUAUUUUGGUCAUCAAUUAAAUUAAUUACCUUCCCAUUAAGUACCUUAAGUACCACAAAAUCAAUUCAAUCAACCUUAACUUAAUCCUCAUUAGCAAUAACAUUAAGUAAUUCCAAACUAAUAACAUUAACGACAAUACUCAUAAUAACUAUAGUAACCAUAGUAACCUUAAUAUCCACAAUAAUCACAUUAGCCUUAAUAUCCAUAAUAAUCAUAAUAACCUCCCUUACUACCUCAUCCACCUUAAUCAAGACCUGCUCCGUUCAUUCCAGAAUAAUAUUAUAGAGACUAAAUUGAAGAUGAAUAAGAUCAACACUAUUACGAUAGGCCUCAAAGAAAACAUCCAAAUCACCCUGAUUUUUAAUAGACAAAGCAUGCCUCAGUGACCGAUACUCCAAAUUAUCAUAUUCCAAAUUAUGAUAGUGAAAAUGUAUAAAAUUCUAUCAAUAAAACUCUUAGAUGAGAGAUAAGCAAUCGGAGCCCAUUCAAUAUCCAAAAAGAGCACCCUUUAUUCCGAGAUCUUAUGACCCUGAUUUGCACUAUGAGAGACCAGAAUAGUUUGAUGUACCAUCCAAGGAUCAUUAAAAAAGAGGAAUUCAAAGGUCAGUGUAUGAAAAACGACCACAAAAUGGGCAAUAAACCCUGAGAAGCAAGGAAAACUACUUUAAAGACUCUAUAUUCUAAUGACAUAC